AUGAGGCUCCUCGAUCUCACGGCUGUCGUCGGCAUUGCUCUCACUGCUGUCCAGGCACGCAGUCCGCUCGCUACACCCGACCAGCGAGCUCUGGACGCCCUCGCAAUCGAGAUCUACCAAGACAACGCUUUCGCUGUCCUCAAGGCGGAGGCAAAGGGAGCUUACAAGGUCGCUCAUGGAUAUCCGAUCAGCGACGAAGCUUCCUCCAGUCUCGACGAGGCGAUUGAGGAAUUGACCUUCAGUGCAGUACAAAAGGCUGUGAAUACCGACCCGUACUAUCCCAAAGUUUACUGGUACGAUUCCGGUCCGCGCAGCUGGUUCGACUUGGAUGUUCCAGGUGGGCGAUAUUCCUACGACAACCCGGACUGUGUUUAUCGCACCAUUCCCAUCAGCUCCCAGGCCAACUACGUUGUGACGGGCCACCGGCAUACUCCGGGGCCAUCGGAUGUCAGUUUCUCUCUGAUCAGCAAUCCCAAUUCCCAAAAUACGGUGUCGCAUCUGUCCGGUGGUGAUCUGGUCGUCAACAGCGAUGGCUCGUACACCAUCACGAUUAACAGCACUGCUGCUGAUGGCCAGACGAACCAUAUCCAUUCGACCCCUCUGGCGAAGCAGCUUCUAAUCCGCAACAACCUUGGGGACUGGCAGACCGAGCAACCAGACAAGCUCACCGUCAAGGUAGUCAGCGAUACCGAAGGUCACGAUCCGAUCAGCAGGAACCAGAUCAUCGCGGCUGCAAGAUGGAACCUACAGGAAUCGGUCGCCGACUACGGCGUCGGAGCGCUCGGACUGAAGACAAUGCUCAACAAAGUCAAUUCACUGGCGAGUCCCAGUCAAUCCAGCACGCUGGGUACCCUGACCAGCCAGGCGAGUUCGUUCGGCCAUUACAACCUCGCCGCGGAUCAGGCCCUCGUCGCGACCGUCACAGCCGGAGACGCGGACUAUUUCGUCUUCCCAGCGACAAACCCGUGGAUGGUAUCGGUCGACCCCGGGAACAGCCAGGUCAGUCUGAACAACGAACAGGCCGCCGCCAAUGGCAACGGCACGUACACGUUCGUGGUGUCUCUCGCGGAUCCGGGUGUUUACAACUGGAUCAACACGACCGGGCUGCAUGAAGGCACAAUUAUGGUCCGCUGGCAGGGGCUGGAUGCCUCGGGUUCGUCUCCGGAUUCGCUUUCAGUGGUGACACAAUUGGUGCAGCUGGCGGACUUGCGGUCGGCGCUGCCCGAGGAGACUCGCUAUGUCACGGCGGGGGAGCGGGAAGCGCAGAUUGAGCAGCGGGCGAAGGCAUACAGCAGUCGAACCAUCACCAUUUGA